AACAAAAAUAAUACCGUGUGGGUACAGCAGUACCAGGUACUGUACGCAAUGAUCGUGAUUGUGUUUCAUGAGAAGGCGAAGCCUGCAGCCAACAAAAAUCUGGAAGCCACGGAACGGAAUUUGUUUUGCUCCGGUUAGUUGGCACGGUUCGUGCCUGAUACGUACGGUACGGGGUACGUACGUACCGUACGGUAUCCGGUUCGUACACGAUACGCGACUUUCAUGGGAUGGCAAAAUACGAGAUACGGUACUACCCGUACUACGAGUUGUUGCGUUUCAAGAGAGACAGAGAUAUCCACAGCGUCCUGCCUUCCAAAGACACCCCCGCGAUCGACGGAAACCAGCACCGAACCAGAAGUCCCCCUCACCACAAGCCCCUCACCCGAAAAAAAUCGAAUCGAAUCGAAUCGAAUCGAAGCUUCCACCAAGCGCAGAGCAGAGCAGAGCAAAGCAAAACAAGCACAUCUUUCACGCAGACCGCGAGGCAAACCACGACACACGAGACGACACGAGACGACACGAGACGACACACCAUGCCCCUCAUUGCCCGGAUCGCGGACUCCCUGGACUGGCCCGAAAGCCAGCCCGAAACCGUGGCCGUCGAGUGCGCGGGCCAAAAGUUCGUCGGAUUUUACGGAAUGCUCCGGGACGAGGAGAAAGCCUGGGCCUCGCACCUUGCGGAGCUCGAGGGUGGGGGGAGCUCGUCCCUCGAGGACCAAGGGGAGGCCUCCCCCUCGCAGGAUUCCGUCCCCUCCGUCGACUUGUUUUCCCUCUCGGAGCAAGAACUGGAGGACAUCGACUUCUACUCCGUCCUGCAGCUCCCGUGCCUCCCCUCGAUCACCCCCGAGGACGUCAAAAAGGCCUACCGGAAGUCCUGCCUCAAAUACCACCCGGACAAAUCGGGCCGGGGGGAGGAAGACGCCGUCUUUCUCAAGGUGAAAGCCGCCUUCGAGACGCUCUCUACCCAGAAGAAAGCCUACGACUCGACCGAGAUGCCCUUUGACGACUCGAUCCCGUCGGACGGGAAAAUUGCCUCGGAGGACUUCUUUGGGCUCUUCGGGCCCGUCUUUGAGCGGAACCUGCACUUCGACGCGAGGCUGCUGGGCAAGAACGCCGGGGGGAGUGGCAGGCGGAACAACCGGCGAAAGAGCGGCUCGGCGAGGAACCUCCGCGGCGCCAGGGGCCCCCCUUCCCUCGGCGACGAAACCACUCCCAUCGAGGAGGUCCACGAGUUCUACGACUACUGGAUCCACUUCGAGAGCUGGAGGGACUUUGGCCUGAAAGCGGCCCGCGAGCUCGAGACCCAGGAGCAUCUGGAGAACGCCGAGUCGAGAUACGAAAAGCGGUGGUUCCAGAAGGAAAUCGACCGGGCGGCCAAGAAGCUCAAACAGGCCGAGGUGGCCCGCAUAAGCACGCUCGUGGAGAAGGCCAUGGCGGCGGAUCCGAGGAUGAUCCGGGAAAAGAAGCGGCUCAUCGAGGAAAAGGAAAAGAAGCAGCGCGACAGACAGCAGGCGGCCCUGGACAAGAUCGAGGCCGAGAAACAGGCCAGGCUCGCCGAGCUGCAGAAAGCGGAGGAGGAAAAGAAGCGAAAGGCCGGGGAAAAGAUGGCCCGGGAGCAGGAAAAGAAGAAGCUCCGCAAGGCGAAGCAGGCCUUUCGGAAGCUCGUCGCCGCCGCUCUCGAGGAACUGUCGGAGAAGGAGCACGCCCUGGAGGACGAGGUGGACCUGAUCUGCGCGGAGCUGGACCGGAACGAGCUCACGAACCUCAACGAAAGACUCGAUUCCCUGCCGGCAACCGAGGUGGUUGCGACCGUUCGGAAGCGCUGCGAGGCGAUCCGAAACGGGACCCAUUGCGAAGAAGACGGGGGGGCUGCCGAAGCGGUGGCCGGCGGGGGAGGCACCUCCCAUGCGCCCGCAUCCGGGGCCAACGGAUCCCUUGCGUCCGGCGGUGGGGCUGCGGCGGCACCAGGAAAAGAACAAGCGGCGGGAACCGAGGCGGCACCGGCCGCCGCGAAACCCACCAAGAAAAAAGCCGUCGCCUUUACCAAGGAGGAGCUGGCGGCCCUGGCCAAGGCCGUCAAGAAAUUUCCGGCGGGCGGAAACCGGUGGGACCUCAUCUCGAACUACAUCAACAACGUCUGCCGGCCGGAAAUCCCCCGGAGCAAGGAGGAGUGCAUCGAGGUGUUCAACCGCAAGCCGGCGAAGAACAAACCGGGAAAGAUGGCACCAGUACCGGCCUCCGCUGCGUCGGCGGGCGAAACCCCCGCGCCCUGCUGGACGGUGGAACAGGACCGGCAGCUCCAGGCGGGCCUGUCGGCCUACCCCUCGAGCAUGGAAAAGAACGAGCGCUGGAGCAGCAUCGCGGGAGGGGUCCGGGGCAAGUCCAAAAAGGAAUGCGUGGCGCGCUUCAAGGAGAUUCGGAACGCCCUCAAGGCCAAAAAGUAGCGCACUUGGGGGUAGCAGCGGGGCACCCAGCGAGGUGCUUUGUGACCUUCCAGAGAUGGUUGGCAAUUCAUCCAAGGACUAACUAGUUCCACCAUCUAAGUUUAUUGACGAAAACGAUGCAUCGUGCCUCUCUCUUUAGUUUUAGAACGUAACCAAUCAAUGAAAAUAUAGUGC